GUCGUGACCGCGCGGCGGGGACGUGCGGAGCGCGUGUAGGGGGGCUUUGGGGCGCUCCGGCUUUGCAGUUUUCAAAUUUCUGGCGGGGGAAUCGCGGCGAGCGAGUUAGACAGGGAGCGGGGAGCCGUAGGGACGCCCUUACGGGGGCCGCGCCGCUGGGCUUUGCCGUUGCAGCGGCCCCCGCGGCUGAGGCGGCGCACGUGUGAGCGCCCCCUGAGGAAAAAAAAAAAGAAGCGGCGAGCGGGCGGGUCAGGUGUUGAAGCCGGCGCGGGCUGGAGGAAGGUGCUGCGCCGGUCCCAGACUUGUGUGUUGGCGGCCCCCGCGUCCCUCCCUCGCGAUGCUGUGGAGCUGGACUGGCCCUGGAGUCGGCUGCCGGUUGCCAAGUCUCCCCUCGCCUCUGCACCGCGCUCGGCAGCACCGCAGCUGCCCCUGAACCGCCCGGGGGGAUGCCCGCGGGGCUCCCGGAACCGGCCGGUGCCGCUGCCCCGACCGUCGUGAGCGCCGCGGGGACCGUGAGCAGGGCCCCCGCCGGCCCGCUGCCCGUGCGGGUCGAGGGCGCCGCCGUGGCCCUGGGCGCCGUGACUAAGGCUCCCGCGAGUGUCCGCGCCGAGCCCGCGCCCUCGCAGCCCCUGCGGGCCCCCGUGGGGACCAUGGUGACCCAAGUGGCGCCGGGCAGUGCUCUUCCUAAACUGGGCGGUAGCCCCGGGCUCCCCGCUCCUCAGAUAGUCACCGUGAAAGCCCCCAACACCACAAUCCAGCUGCCUGCUAGUUUGCAGCUUCCUCCAGGAACAGUUUUAAUAAAAAGUAACAGUGGUCAAUUGAUGUUGGUAUCUCCUCAGCAAGCUGUAACAAGAACUGAGACAGCAAGUAACAUAGCUUCAAGGCCAGCUGUACCAACAAAUACUCAAACAGUCAAAAUUUGUACAGUGCCGAAUUCUGGUUCACAAGUAAUCAAGAAAGUAGCAGUGGCACCUGUUAACAAAUUGCCACAAAUAGGAACUACUGUGGUAACUACUGUUCCUAAGUCUUCCUCAGUACAAACAGUGGCAGUGCCAACCAAUGUUGUCACAGUUACACCUGUAAAACCAUUGACUACUGUAACAAACCUGAAGUCUUCAAGUUUGGGAGCAUCAUCUACACCUGCAAAUGAAGCCAAGGUCAAAAUAGCAACUGCUCAGGCUAAUCUUACUCCAACAAUGCUGGAAAAUGUGAAGAAAUGUAAGAACUUCCUUGCAAUGUUAAUAAAACUAGCAUGUAGUGGAUCACAGUCCCCAGAAAUGGGAAAGAAUGUAAAGAAACUGGUGGAACAACUUCUGGAUGCAAAAAUUGAAGCAGAAGAAUUUACUAAACAACUGUAUGUUGAACUUAAGUCUUCACCUCAGCCUCACCUAGUUCCUUUUCUUAAGAAAAGUGUAUCAGCCUUACGACAACUCAUGCCUAACUCCCAAAGCUUUAUUCAGCAAUGUGUUCAGCAGACUUCCAGAGAGGUUGUCAUUGCUACCUGUACAGCAACAGUGACACCUCCUCCUGUGGUGACAACAACAAUUUCUUCAACUCAGGGUGAAAAGUCCUUGAUUGUUUCUGGAGCAGCACCACCCAGAACUGUGUCAGUACAAACUUUGAAUCCAGGUGCUGGUCUGGUAGGAGCCAAAACUGGAGUUGUGACGCUUGAUUCUGUAGGGUCAGCCACUGUACCAGCGGGAACAGCCACUGGAACUAUGUUGGUUCAGACCCCAAAGUCUCUUAUGACAUCUAUACAAAAUACCGUUAAAGCAGUCGCACUUCAACCUGAAAAUCCAGUUGUCUCUGUGGCACCAGUAACACUGACUCUCCCUUCGGUGACUUUUGGAGAAACAUCAGCAGCAGCAAUUUGUCUCCCAUCUAUGAAACCUGUUGUUGCUUCUACUCGGACCACAUUUGACAAGCCUGUCGUUGGUGCUCCAGUCCAGAUCAAACUUUCACAUCCAGGUCCCAUCCUUUCACAACCAGCUGGCAUUCCACAAGCAGUUAAAGUCAAACAACUAGUAGUCCAACAGCCUUCAGGAGGCAUUACAAAACAGGUGACCACACUUUCCCAUUCCUCAGCAUUGACUGUUCAAAAAUCUGGACCGAAGAUGCCAGUUACCACUGCAAUACCUACCAGUCAGUUUCCUCCAGUUUCAAUUCUAAAGCAAAUUACCCUGCCAGGAAAUAAACUUCUGUCAUUUCAAGCGCCUCCUAUUCAGAAAAAUAAAAUAAAAGAGAAUGGAACAGUGUCCUUCAGAGAUGAAGAUGACAUCAAUGAUGUGACUUCUAUGGCAGGUGUAAACCUCAAUGAAGAAAAUUCCUGCAUCUUAGCAACAAACUCUGAAUUGGUUGGCAGACUUGUUCAGUCAUGUAAAGAUGAACCAUUUCUUUUCAUUGGAGCUCUACAAAAGAGAAUUUUAGAUAUUGGUAAAAAGCAUGACAUUACGGAACUUAACUCUGAUGCUGUGAACUUGAUUUCCCAUGCAACACAGGAGCGAUUACGAGGCCUUCUAGAAAAACUGACUGCAAUUGCUCAGCAUCGGAUGACAACAUACAAGGCAAGUGAAAAUUACAUCCUGUCAAGUGAUACCAGGUCACAGCUAAAAUUUCUUGAAAAGCUGGAUCAAUUGGAGAAGCAGAGAAAGGAUUUAGAAGAAAGAGAAAUGCUACUUAAAGCAGCCAAGAGCCGUUCUAAUAAAGAAGAUCCAGAACAGCUGAGAUUAAAGCAGAAAGCCAAAGAGCUACAACAGUUGGAGCUUGCUCAGAUACAACACAGAGAUGCUAAUCUCACAGCUCUUGCAGCUAUUGGACCAAGAAAGAAGAGACCACUAGAAUGUGGACCUGGAAUGGAGGGCUUAAAAGAUAAUUUUCUUGCUUCUGGAACAUCCAGCCUGACAGCCACCAAACAGUUGCUUCGUCCAAGAAUCACAAGAGUCUGCCUCAGAGACUUGAUAUUCUGUAUGGAACAGGAAAGGGAAAUGAAGUACUCGCGAGCACUAUACCUUGCCCUUCUGAAGUGACCACUCCACUCUCCAUCCAGAUCCUUGCUAUUUACUGCCAAAGAAGACAUAAGAAACAUUGUUGCACUGUCCUAAAAUUUCAGUUUCUAGAAAGUAACCAUCAAUAUGGAAGAUGAUUGUUUACAGUUUUAAGCUUUAUAUACCUGUACCUUUCAAAGGGUUCAUAAUGACAAGAAUUUAGCCUUGUCAAUUGGUUAUGAAUGCAGUUCACAGAAACGGCCAUCUACCUAGGUGUUUAAUUCUAGCAUAUUAAGGCCCUGUUUGUAACUCCCUGCUUCAUUUGCCAUCCUUCGCAGGUGAGAUACCUUUUCCUAAUACAGCCUGCAUUGAGACGCAGGGGAGAAUAAGUGUCAUUCCUUUCCAAGGAAAAUAUAUCUCAUCCUAUAAUGAACCAGUCUCAGAGGGGUAGAUUUUUUGACUAAAAUCACAAGUUGCUUCUCCAGUUGUAACAGUUACCUUCUGUAGUUGAAGGUGACAAGCCACAGUAUAGAGCUUGAGGUGACUGAACCCCAGUGUGUCAAAACCAAGACAUGGGGGAUAAUUUGUGGCUGAGGUUUCUGUUCUCAGGUUCACAUCACUGUUUGUUCCUUUACUCCCUCUUGUACCAAAUGAGGAGACAUCCUUGUUGGGGGAAUCUAAAAUUGAAUCUGUUGGGCUACUUCGUUGAAAAAUAGAGGAGUGCGAAGUGUGAAAGGAAUGAUGGGGCAAUAUUCAAACUGAGGAAGGUAAAUAAAAACAGAAUUAAUUAAAUAGGAAUGAUGCUGCGUAUACUGAAGGUGCAGUAGGAAAUGGGAAGUCCAGAAACACUUGGUACAUGUUUCUGGACAACAAAAAAAAGUCGUAGCCCAAAAACAAAGGGAAAUAUAGCAACAUUUUCAAAGUACGGUAUUGCAAAAGGAAGAAGAGUUCUUUUUCUCUUAAGUAUUGUUUUAAGUUUCAGGUGGUUUUGUAAAAUCUUUUAGUUACCGUAAGUUUUAAGCAUCUCGUUGCAUUUUAAAAAAUUGUACUUGGUGGUCAGUUAUGUUUAACAAUGGGACUUCAUUUUGGAUUCUAUACUCAAAAGAUGGUAUUGGCACCUCACUCUUGGGGAUCUUGGUUCUAAAUAUAUAAAAAGCAUGUUAUACAUAUAUGUACGUAUAUACUCAUCUGAAGAUGAAGCAGAUGUUUUGCCAAGCAAAACAGUUUUUUUCCUUUCACCUGUGUGGCAUGUAGCUGGUGAAAAAUAAAAUCUAUAAUUCGAAUCACAAAAGAAUGUAAAUCCUUCAAGAAUUUUUUUAUAUAUAUAACGGGAAAGCUGUUCUUAGGAAAAAAAACAGGGGAAAAACAGCUCAAGUAUAUUAUUCUUCAACCUGUUUUUUCCAUUGGAACUGUUAUGCCAUAUUCUGUAAGUUUUAAAUUUGCCACAGUUUUUGUUUUACAGUUAUUAUGCUAUAAAUUAUGUAUAUGUUGAGUACUUUAAGAAAGAUCUUGUUUUUGAUAUUUAAAUGCUUAGCUUUAUUUUUUGUAAAGCGCAGUAUAUGCUCAUAUUUGUGUAUAAUUUUAUUGAUCGGAUGUUUAACAUUAUUUCAAAUACUUCAUUAAAAUAAUUAUUUUAUUAUAAGAGUAGCUUUACUUAGUCAUUUACUUUGAGAACUAUUCUUUAGUAACAAGUUCUUAGUUCUGGGCCUAGAUAGCUGAUCUCCUUGGCUUUGAUUGACUGUUACUUACUUUUGGGUUCCAAUACCUCACUCAGAUCCCAGUUACUAUAACGUUCUUUGAAAUCACUGUAAAUUUAUGUGCUAUUUGACUCAAAAAGAAAAGUAAGCAUAUUAUUACAAAAGCUUUUCUUGGGGACCAGAGCAAUAGUACAGAGGGCAAGACACUUGCCUUGCACAUGACCAAUCCAGGUUCAAUCCUAUAUGAUUCCCCGAGCACUGCCAGGAGAAAUUCCUGAGUGCAGAGGCAGGAGUAUC